AUGUCCUCAUUACGUCUGGGCAUCCCGUCCUCUGACACUAAGUCCGAUGGCACAAUACGACUGAUUUUCUCGAUGGAUAAGCCAAAGCCGCCAGCCAGUACAUAUACCAAUCAGACUUCGAGGUCCACGACGCGCACAAGACGCUUGUGGACUAUCUGGAACAGGAUAUUGGGGAGGAAGCCUCCCCAACGACAAGACCGGCCGAGUACUCCGGACACGGGGGAUUUGGUCAUCCGAUAUCCCAUCCAAGGGACGCGGAGGAUACAUAUGGGGUAUAUGCAGGGGCAAAUAAUAUUUGGGAAGUCGGAUAAGCUCAGGGAAGUCAACAUUGUUGAGCACAUGGACAGCGAACAACAUCACGCUGUCAAGCUCAAAGGUCUUCCGAUACGAAGUGUUCGCACAUUAGUGGAUGGAUUUCAGGUCAUAGCGACCAAGCCAGAAGAUGCCGAAAUGCUUCGGAACAUCAUCGGCUGCGGGAUUGUGCUGGAUUGUGUCCUGGAAUGUGUUCCACCGGUAAUGCCCAAGGAGGAAAGCCCAGCGUUGAGCGAGAACAGCCGCUUCAUACCCAACAUUGAGCAGUCCCUGGGGUGGAGGGAAGUUUUAGAGGUUAACAACAAGAGGGCACAGUAG